CAAGAUCAUCUGAGAAGAUGCCACCCUGAUAAAACAGAAAGAUUUGAAAUACUUUCAAACAUUCAAAGAUAAAUUUCAGAAGAGACCUACAUUGAACAGAAUGUUCGCUUCGACGUCACAAAGAAAUGAUGAUGGUUUGCGGGCGUCUUACAAUAUCUCGUUACUUAUAGCAAAAUCCGGAAAACCGCAUACUAUCGGAGAGAAGUUAAUUUUGCCAGCCGUUGAAGAGGUUUUAAAAACUGUUUUACACAAACCUGCAUCUGAUAUCAUUAAAAGAAUUCCCUUAAGCAACAAUACUGUUGAAAGACGUAUUGAUGAAAUGAGUUCUGAUAUUGAAAGCUUCUUAUGCAAUUAUUUGCAAACGACCCAUUUCUCUAUACAACUGGACGAGUCAACUUUACCUGAUAAUGCAGCAUUAUUAUUGGCAUAUACAAGCUGUCAGGAAGACGACGUUUCAACUUACGUUCAACAUUUAAAUGCCCUCUAUUCAGAUUUUGAAUCUAGGUUUGAGAAUAUUUUGACUAUGGUAAUACCACCGUGGAUAAUUAAUCCAUAUGGUGACAUAGAAGAAACGAAUGUCAUAAUACAAGAGGAACUGACUGAACUAAUUCAACAAGAUACGAAGCAUAGACGCUACAAACGCCGCUACAACAACGAAGAAUCUCUACCUGUCAAAGAUGUAAGAUUCACCGCCGCUGUCAGCAAAUCCACGAACGGUACCUUGGAAAAACUCGAGUCUGGAAUCGCUCACGGAGAGGAGCGGGCGCGAUUAGUCGCGCGCGACGUAAACGUCAAAACGACGGCACAGCACCUGACACCUGUCGCGAGCGGCGUGCGUCACUAUCAGUCGACGCGAUUCGAUUGUUUUGAACGCGACGGCGUCUACGAUCACUUCGAACCGGCCAACCACGUCUGUAGAGCCUACGUUUUCAUGAGCAAGAAAGACUGA